AUGGCGACGGCAAGCAAGAAACGAUCAGCACCAACAAGCAAUGAUCAUCGUAGUUCAGUUUCAAUAACUGCCUCGAAAAAGAAGAAAGUAUUAACAACGGCAUCAGCAGUGGCGAAUACAAAUGAUUCUCCUAUAGCUGGUACACGAAUUACAGACUGGGAAGAGUAUGAAAAAUGGAAAGAAGUACGAGGUGAUAUCGAACCAACAAUGAAUUAUGUUGAAAUCACACCUGAAGCUGUUGAAGAAUUACGAAAAAUCAAGAAUAUCAUUGGCGAUUACAUUUGUCAAUUAUGUAAAGUAAAAUAUGAAAAUGCCUUUGCACUCGCAAUGCACAAAUGUCCACGAGUAGUACACAUCGAGUUUCGUUGUCCUGAAUGCGACAAAACAUUCAAUUGCCCAGCCAACUUAGCAUCACAUCGCCGAUGGCAUAAACCUCAAUCAUCAGUAGCAUCCAAUGAGUCAACACAAGUGACAGCUCCAGCUUUGUCAUCUGCCCAGAAAUCAAUUGCAAAUAAACAUCUGCGAUGCUCGUCACGUUCUGAUUCUCGAUCAACAAAUACGUCUUCAUCGACCAUUUCAGAUACUACUCAUGAAUAUCCAUCUUUUCCUGCGUCUUCUUCAUCGUCUUCAUUCAAUGUUGAUUUAUCGAAAAAAGAUGGAUUUAUUUUAAACGGAAUGCAUCAGAAAACAUCCGAUCAAAUCUUUCGAACAAUGUGUAAUGGAAGUCCUCAACGAAUGCUACCUCCACUAUUUCCAAGUUCGUAUAUGAAACAACCAUUACUUUUUCCACAUCAUCGACCUUCUCCAAUACCUCUACCAUCCACAUUUGAUCUUCGUCGACUACAAUCAUCGUGUAUCUUCUGUCACGAACAGUUUUCCGAAUUGAAUCAUCUACUUCAACAUAUUCGAAAAAAACAUGCGGUCACGUCAAGUACCAAUACGAAGAGCAACACUUUAUCGUUAGAUAAAAUCAUCUUUUAG